AUGCAGCUUACUCGCCUGUUCGCCUUGUUCAUGGUUGCCAUCUUCGCAACGCGCGUCGACAUCUCGGCUGCCAAUGAGAAGACCGACAUCAUUGAGACCACCAACAAGCGCGUGUCUCUAACUGCGGAGAGUAAGAACUCGGAAGUUGCCACGGCUCUGGAGAAGAAUCCGGUGGUCAAGAAGCUGGAGACCGCCGCGGUGAACGAUCCAAAGCUAUUCACCGAGUUGAAACAGGACCCGAAGUUGGUCGAGAAGCUUGAGAAGAACCCCCAAGUCGUGCAAGUGGCGAAGGCGCUGGAGAAGAACUAG